UUAUAAAAAAAAAGAAAAUGACGCCAUGCAAGCCUUUAACCAAACCAAGGUAUUUACAAGAAAUCAGUGAAGAAAGUAGUUUACCCCCACUGACGGACAACACUUUCAACCAACUUGAUACGAGGCGAAAAAAAAAACCUCUUCACUGUUUUAAAAAGGAAGAUUGUCUUUCUGGAUUUGGUACCUGUCAAAACUCUAUUUGUACUGGUUUUUUUCCUGAUCUCAACGAUGAGCGGACAAUCAAAUGUGUGUCUGGUUAUAUCUGCAAAUCACAUCCUGGGGAUUUACCUGGGGCGGGUGUUAACAAUGAUUUCCAAAUUAUAGGUAUUCAUCCUGACGACUCUUGUGGAUCUGCAGAACCCCUUGCUGCAACAGAAUCUCUUUUCGCUAACAGUAACCGAUGGCAAUGUGAGAAGUCGAACGAAAAUGACUGUAUAUUUACAGCGGGAGUAGGCUACCCGAGAAACCUAUCCAGUCCAAUAGAAACAAUUCGUUUAUGCGGUUGCCCGGGAAUUGAUACAAAUAAUAACGGAAGGGUUUGUGAUUCGAAAAGUGAAUUCUACGUUCCACUAGGAUAUAUCUCCAUACAAGAAUGUUUAAGAAAUGCUCAUUGCGUUGAUUUAGGUCUCGCUUCUUGUGAUGUAGACCACUGUGUUCGUGGUGUUGCUGUGGCAGCCACCGCUGGAUUAAAAGUCUUACAAUGUUUAACGUCCCAAAAUUGUCGUAUGAAAAGUUUAGGUGCUCAAGCUGUUGCAGAAUCCAUGAAAUUGUUACCUAUAGCAUCGUCGCACAGCUGCGGUGCUAAACGCGCUUUGGAUCCUGAUGCCAUUAGCGAUGCAGCUCUACCCUGUGUUGUUCAAUUGUCCCCCGAAGGUCGAUGUGAAGUGAAUCUUGGUUUCAAGUCGUUCGGCUCCAGUCGAUUAUGUGGCUGUUUAGGAGAUCCUGGAGGCAAUGGACGCGAUUGUGAUCAAGUGGAAGAUUUCACUGACGAAAUGGGAUUAAUAGAUAAUGGUGAAUGUUCUACAGACGAAGAUUGUUCACAAAAAUACAGCAUUUGCAUUAAUCAACAAUGUCAAGUCGACAAUCUUGAGCCAAAAGUCAUUGAUUCUAUUCCAAGAAAUGGAUCAUAUGCUGUUCCUCCUAUUAACCAAAUCUCGUUACUAUGGCAUGAAACCAUACAAUUUAUUGAUACCGAUCGAAAAGUGGUUAUUCUUAAUACGGAUCCCAAUUUAAAAUUAAAGUGGGAAGUUAAAUUACAAGACCCUUCAACGUACUCCAUUGCUGAAACUGGUUAUAAAGUGGAAAUUGUGCAAGGCACUCAACUUCGUAUUAUUCCAGAUAUCUCCAUAGCAAGCUUUCCUGAAGGAAAUUAUUUAAUUAUUUAUGAAGGAGGAAUCGUAGCUGAUAUGGCGGGAAACACAAAUACAGGAGCUAUGGAUAUACAAUUUACAGUUUCUAAAAAUGCUGGCUGUCCGUAUCUUGCUGUCACAGGUUUCUCACCCAUUCAACAUAAUCCCAAUGGAGUUUAUUUUUCAAUUGAACCUAUAAACAAUCAUGCUGCGUGGAUUCGUGUGGGUAAACCUGAAACCGUUUAUAUCUUUUGGCAUCCGGAGAUGCAGCAUGAUGUUAAAAAAGGUUCAUGGGUCAUUUCUCCACAAAAAGAAUCACGUCAAGUGAUUGCUUUUGAAAAUACUACCAAUCAAGAAAGUCUCCAUGAAUCUUUACGUCCAGAAGGCCACCAUUGGAAUAAGUUUCAGAUUAAUCAAGUCAUUGAUCUUCACGAUAUUCACAUUUUGUGCACGUCUGUACAAGACACUGAAUUUCCUAAACUACUUAAAAUCUCGCCACCCAAUGGUGCCAAAUCUGUACCAACAGAAAAGUGUAAGAUUGAACUGACAUUUUCCAAACCUGUGACAUACGGACACUGGUCCAAUAUUACGAUCGCAUCCGACAAAGACUCCAUAACGUUAUAUCCAGAUGUUGAGUCAGGAUUCCGUGGUCAAAGCAUUAAAGCCUUUAUGAAUGAAACUGUUUUAAUUGAUUUAAGCGAUGUGUAUAUUUUGAGUCCAGGAACUGUUUACCAAGUCACUGUUUAUGUUGGGUUUGUCACAGAUUUAUGGUAUAAUUAUUGGGACGAAGAAGGUGUUAUUUUAACCUUCACAACGUAUGGAGUUUCAUGUCAACCAUUUGAAGACCUUGGAGAAGCGUACAUUGUUGAAGGGAAUCAUACUAACAAAAACGGAGAUAGUUACCGUGUUUCAUGUCGUCAAGGGUACUCUCUCAUCUAUGAAGAGGCGACAUUUCGAGUCGAUGCCACACCAAAAAAUGGGGUAGAUCAUUUGGAUACUGAAACAGAAUCAACAUUCCUUUCUGACCCCCAAGAUCAAAAUUACCAGGAUAUUCGUUGUCUUGAUGGCACGUGGGAACCCUUAAAGCAUAUCUGUAAAAAAGAUUGUACCACUUACCAUGUACUGUCUCCUCAGUACAAAGUUUUGGUUGACGACUCCUUUCAUCCUCCUGCUUUCACUCAUGGCAUGGUAUUACCCGUGAAAUGUUCUGAUAAAGCUAUUGCUCUUAGCGGUGAAACCACUGGUACUCUACGUUGCAAUGACGGUCUUUGGGAAAUAGACAAGUUAAUGUGUACUUUAACGUGUACUCCGUAUUCUUCUUUAAACAGUUUUUACAAAGUAUCCCUAGAUUCCAAUGACCCAUUAAGUUUGUCAGCAGGCUUAUUGGUUGGAGCCCGAAGAAUCAUAAGCUGUUCUCCUCCGGCCACGUCUGGAAAAGGGCCUGAAACAGUGACUGUUGUUUGUGGAGAACAAGGCUGGAGCCAACUACAACUUGAAUGUCAUGUAGAAUGCAAAUUGAGUACUCUAAGAAUGCAUCCCAGUUUAACUUUACGCAAAGAAAACUUUUUACAAGAAAAUGUCACAGGUGCACAGGAACCGGAUACUGUUGAACAUGGGAAAUCGUUGACUGUGGACUGCUCUUCAGGAUACAGUCAAGGAUUUCCGUCCUUCUCCUCUCUUCAUGAUAUCAAAAGUACCACCAUUCAAACAAAAAAUUCAACUGUCCGUUGCCAGGAUGGAGAAUGGGUAUGGAUAGAAACACCUUCUUGUUUUAAAAAUUGUGACCCAUUGGUUCUACAAGACAAUUAUCAGGUGGAUUCGGUCGCCGGCGAUUUCACCACACAUGGAUCAUCUGUCUACAUUAAAUGUAAACAAAUGUUUCAUGAUCAAACAUUAGAGUUCAAUUAUAAUAAAAGAGGACAACCACCUAUAGAAGACAAUUCACAACAAAUUUUAACUUGCAAUGAUGGAACCUGGUCUACCUUGUCACUUGUAUGUCGCAGUCCUUGUAAAAGACCUGAAGUACAAUUCGGGUUAACAAGUUAUACGUCAAUUAUUCACCAUGACGAAACUGAACACCUAAACGAACUGUCAACAAAACCGUUGUAUGUGCCGCAAUUAUUUUAUCACGGAACGAUGGCAUCAUUAUAUUGUUCCAGUACCAGUGAAAUUAUAAAAGGAACACCAGGUGAGACAAUUCAAUGUAACAAUGGCAAGUGGGUUUCAGUUGAAUUAACAACUCAUUUUACCAAAACUGAAGAGGAUGUAACGGAACAUCAAAGUCCUCUCCUAAAGUGUCAAACAAGGUGUGGCCCGCAUUUAAAAGAUACAGAACGUUUUAUUUACGCAGGCGGAGAUUAUGUACUAAGAAAACUUGUGCAAAACCCUUUAUCUGAAGGAUCCAGUUUAACACUUUUGUGUCAAAAAGGUUUUUCUCCUGCCCUUCCUAGUACACAUUCAAAAGGCAAAGUGAUUUGCCAAGAUGGUCAACUUGUAGAAGAAGGACAUUUGACUUGUAUGAAAAUUUGUGGUCAACCAUCUUUUAGCGUCUUAUUUAUAAGAGGAUACAACCUAACAGAUCCAACAAUUGUCGCAGUGGAUCAUCUUCAAAACGUUUCGUUAAAAUGUCGCGAUUCUUUUGAGCUUCAAAUCCAUACGAAACAAGAUGACUCAGGCAUGGUUGCUCAAUGUUUUAAUGGGAAGUUUCUAUUACCUAAAAGUAAAUGCGGGCCAUCAAGCUGCUUUGAUGGUGAACGAAAUGGAGACGAGGUUGAUGUGGACUGUGGUGGCACCCAUUGUCCUGAAAAUCGUCAGGCUUGUCCUACUUUAAGUAGAAUUUCUUUAACAGAAGAAGCCUUAGCUACAUUUCAAUGUCAUGAUCGUCAAAAAAACAAUCAUGAAGAGUCAAUUGAUUGUGGAGGCGACCACUGUACUCCAUGUGAACAUUGCCACGGUUUACCAUUCCUAUUACAAACAGGAAUGAGCUGGACAACUGAUAAGGGGAAAACAUUACAUCAUUUUAUCAAAGAUUCGAGCGAUCCUCAACACGCUUUCAGUUUUUUUAUUGAGGGAACUUUAUUAAAUGUCAUGUGCUCUCCAGGUUACGAUCAAAUAUCAUUACCUCCAGUCCUAGGAUUUCAAACGUUUCGUUGCGCUAAACCCAGUAAAACCCAGUCAGCUGAGUGGAUAUUGGAAGGGUCACACAAAUUCGUUUUGCAAUGUGUUUCGCCAACUUGUUUUGAUUCGAUUAUGAAUGGAGAUGAAGAAAAUGUUGAUUGUGGUGGAAGCUGUGAACAGCCCUGCGGAACAUGUGAUGAUCAUAAAAAAAAUGGAGAUGAAGAAGAUAUUGACUGUGGUGGAAGUCGAUGUCUUCCCUGCGAAGGGUGUUCUAUGGCUCCAUUAAAAACGCUGGAUAAAAAAAAUUUGUAUAUUACCGUUCGUGAUAGUAAAGGACAUAUUGUUGAUUUCAAUCAUUCUCUUCAUGAAGCCGCAACACAACAUGGUAAUGAAUGGAUUGUUACCUGCCGUCAACAGAAAAAUCAGAGUAUUUCACUUCGUUGUCGUAACGGCCGUUGGAUUGAUUCACAUGUUUUUUUUACACGUGAAACAACAGCAUUACCAUCUUAUCAAGAAACUCUACAAAAAUUAUCCUGUUAUCCUUAUAAGACGUCUGGGGUUAACUCUUUAAGAGAAACUGAAAAUUCCCGUAUAGCUUUUCUUAAAAAGAUUUUUUCCAUACCUGUGAUACCAAAAGACCCUCAUUGUAGUCAACGACAUAACGACCUAUCCGAUGUUGAUAGGGAUAACAAAUAUUGUUGUACGCUCAUUUCCAAAUUUAACAAAUUUAUGUCCAGUGAAUGUGGUGCUCUAGUCUUUAGUAGUGGUGAUUCCAAAAUGAAUGCUUUUUGUACAGGGUAUUGUAAAAAAGAUAUUCAAGCACUAUUUAGAGAUUUUAAAGAGAAUGGGCGUCCAAAAUGUGCAAAAUUAAGUUUGUUUGAAGAAAUGAUCGAAAUUUAUUGCUCGACAAAAAAAGAAUCCACAUCUAGCGACCAUUCAGACUCGAAAAAACCGAUAUUCUGUUUCACAUUUGCUAAAACAGCACUGUCAAAAAUCAAAAGAUUUCAAGAUCUUUCAAAAUCAUUUUUAGAAGAAGCUUGCUCACCUAAAAGUUGUGUUCGUUCUCUUUUUCGAUACAUGGAAAUUCUUUCCUUAUUAUUACCGACAUUACAUGAUUCACAUUCUUUUCAAACGGGUAUUUCUCGUACCCUUGAAGAAAUUCAAAAUAAUCCCACUCCUAUAAUUUUAACAGGUUUAAAUGAAUACAAUGAAAUGAUGCGUCAACUUUUGACGAACUUUAUUAACAUUUGGUUUCAAGUUGGCAAUGAAACAAUAACAGCAACAGUUCCUUCGACCAAACCUCACGCGCGAUGGCUUCAAGCGCACAAAAUAAAUCCUUUUAUCUCUUCAUUAAAAACAUUUUCGCUACUUUCCGCUAAGGCGGUGUCUGGAAAAUUGUUGGAUUUUCUUUGUUUAAAGGAUGCUAAAGGUCAAUCUUGUGGUUCAACUGUUAUGUCUUUUUUAUCUGAUGACCAAAAACAACUCUCAGCAUUUGCUCAAAUUUUAAGUUUAAAAUCCGAUAAGGCUUGCACAUCUUCCAAGUGUUUUUGGGAAGUCACCCGUUAUUUGGGACAGACUAUGUAUUCGGAAGGUUUGCAUACUUUGAACCCUUUAUUAACAACAUUUGGAUUAUUAGUUCGUAUGUAUGGAAGGGUAGCAUGUCAAACAUCCGAAUCACAUAAAAGUUGCGCUUUAUCGUUGGGUUUAAACAUGACCGAUUUAGCAUUUUAUCUUCCUCCUCAUUUUGAAAAUCAUUUUUUCACCACUCGACAUUUACAAUCGUUUCCAACUGGAAGCGAAACAACUUGUCAGUGUCCAAAAAUAUUUCUUGGAGAUGGUUUAUGUGAUACAGAAUGUUUCAACUUUGCUUGUUCUUUUGAUAAAGGGGAUUGCCAACUAGGAAAAAUGUUUCCUCACGUUCAUCAACUUUUGAAUGCUAUUCUACCCUUAACAGAUACUUGUCAUCCUUUUUCAUCUUAUUUCACUUGUUCUCGAGACUCUUCGGGAUGUUAUCAUCGUAUUAUCGAAAUCAUGAAGGCUGAAGGCUGUUGUGCUAGUGUACGAUGGAAUUCAUUACGUGAAAUCCUUUUAGCGCAAAGUCAUCUCGAGUAUUUAGUUGAACUAAAAGAAAAAAAACAAUCCAGUGUUAAAACAUUAGUUAGCUUAAAUUUACAUAAAAAAAGACUAGCACGAGAUUCUUCCACUGGAUUGGAUGACGAAACAACUAAAGAUUUCAUUCUACACCGUUCAACGCUUUGGCUUGAAACAGUGUGUCAAUUAUCAUUGAAUGCAGCUUGUGCUGGAGGUUUAUUUCGAUCGCAAAUUCAUUUAAAUUUCAUUCUCAACUCUAUACAUUAUGAUCCUUUGUUUACAUAUUCAAGUUACGAAGAAUAUACAGAUUUGUUAAGAGAAAUGUUACGCGAAGUUGUUUCAAAUGUAUUGGCUUUGCCCUUAAGCGAUAUUAUUGAAAUGCAAUUCUGGCCUUGGAACAUUGAUGUUCAAAUUGUCAUCGAUCCAGGUGUACUUGCAGGGGAAGUUAGAGAGAAUUUAAAAAAAGAAAUAAUGAAUGGAAAUUUAAACUCUUCUUUAAAUGAGGGAGUUAAACUUUUUUUAAAUUAUAUAAAAGAACGUCAUUUUAAACUUUAUAAAAAAAUUAUAUUUUUUCAUUCAAAAAACAAACCACCUAAAACGCGGUCUUUAUUCGAAUCAUCUAUUAGCAACAUACAAAACGUGUCUUUUAUAAGUGACCUUUCUAUCGAUGAGAAACGCGUCAAAGAUCUUCCUUUAUCGUUAAGUCAAAUUCGAAAACCACCAAAACAAGGGACGUUUGAUAUGAAUACAUUAAAGAAUCAAUUAUUCAUGGAAGCGUGUCAUUCUUUACCUCAUCUAAGUUUACCAGAAGAAUUUUCAAAAAACUCAUUUGAAGAUUAUUCUCAAUUUUAUAAUAUCACUCUUUUUAAAAAUUAUAAAAAUUCUAUAGUAACGCAAGAACAAGUCCUACCACACGAGUCUCAACUUCAUGUAGCUUGUCAGCGUGGUUAUACACAAUCUUUUCAUUCUUCAGGUGCUUCCCCUCAAACAUUAGUAUGUGAAAGAGGUCGAUGGAUUUUGAAACAACCUCAUGAAACUUUGAUUGAAUGCCGCCAACCUUGUGAACCUUAUGAAGUCUCUGAUAAAGGAUUCGAUCCUUUAAUUUUUUCCAUUUCAUCUGUAGGAGACCAUCAAGAUGGUGCUCAACGUAUCAUUCAAUGUCAGAAUGGAUAUGUUGCCAUACACAAAAUGGAAUCAAGUGAAACAUUGGUUUGUCGUCAUGGAGUAUGGGAUCGACGAUCCCUUGACUGUAUUCCAAUAAAUCAAAUACAAAAAACAUCCAAGACUGAAAAUGUUGUAUGUGGAGAUAUCUUUUUAAAAAAUAUAUUAGAAUUAACAUCUUCAUCACAAAACUAUUUUGUUAAAGAACUCUUACCAAAACAAAUCGUGAAUGCUUUGUCUAUACAAAACAGUGAUAUAAGUCAACCUACAACCAUUCAAUUAUGGAAGUUAUCAUGUACUCGAGGAUAUACGCCUUCAGAAAAUUCUGUACCUUCUUUAACCAUUGCUUGUAUGAAUAAAACAUUUUUAAGUGUUAUGGAUUUACCCGUGACAUUAAGGCAACCAACUCAUAGCGUCAAUCAAUCCUAUAAUUCAUUUGAUACUUUCAAAAACUUGCUUGAACAAAAAAAAUACCGAGAUUACGUUUUUCGUUUAUAUUAUGAAUAUUCGCUUCAAUUCCAUUCAAUGCAAGAAACUCCACCGUGGAUCACAUUAAUCACUUCAUCACAACCACUCUCUUAUUUUCAAUGUUUACCUGAUAUAAAAAAUCUUGCUUAUAAUUCCAAUCAAAAUCCACAUUUAUCUGAAUUUUGGUUUUAUCUUAUUUUACUCUUAGCAACGUUUGCUUUUAUCGUUUUAAUUGUUAGUCUUAUUUACUUGAAACGAACAAACUGUUUCCGACGACCUUUUUUUGAGCAACCUGAUCCAACCCUACACACUAUACAAACAAAACGCAGUCAUGAGUUGAAAACUAAGACAAACCAUAAUCAACAAACACAAGAUACCGGCUACUCUAGAACACAACGUACUUGCAAUUUCACAGUGGAACGUGCUAUGGAUUUUCAAACAAAAGACAUUCCAUCCAGUUCCCCUACAUCACAACAAUUCAGUGAAACUCAACUCACACUUUUACAAUCAACUUAUCCAAAACAUUUGAAAACAUCCUCCUCCAAGCUUUCCUACAAAGCUAAUAAUUUGUAUACUACCCUUCCUACUACAACAUCUAUAUCAAAACCUUCUCAAGAGACUUUUAACCUUGUUCAACCUUUAUAUAGUAAAAAGGUACCCACACUUGAACAAACCUCAAACCGUUCGACUUUAAGAAAUAAAAGGGCUCGUUAUCACCUCAAUACAAACACGACAAGUCCACCCACUUCUUUUUAUGAAGAUCCUUUAAGUACUACCUUUCAUGAGUCCAAUGAUUUCAUUCAAGGGUUCACAACAGCCAGUGAAUCUCAAAGAACCGCUAAUGAAUCACCUUAUCUCGAGACUACUUUAACUAAAAAAAUGAGUGGUUUUUUUAGUCUUUCCAAUUCGUAAAGAGUUUAUAAGAUUUUCGCUUUUUUUUUCUUCCCUUUAAACGAACAAAAUGUAUGACUUUACCAAAAUUGUUUUUCUCUUAAUUGAAUGGUGAAAAACCUUAGUUAAAACAUGUUUGUGCUAUUUUAAAAUGUUUCUUUUAGUAACACAAUAAAGGAAAAAACAAAAAACUACCUUUUACUGUAAUCUUUUUUUGUUGGUAUAAUAAACUGCGGUCUUAUUUUAAAGAAAUUUUCUUUUCGUCAAGUCAAAAUUCUUGUCAAGUACUCUACUCAACAAGUCUUCAUCAACAGUCCAACAUGCCUUGUUUUUCUCUAUUGAAUGACCGAAAUUCACUCUCAAGAUAUAUUUUCACGCACUUGACAAUGACGGAAAAUUCUCUCUUCAUACACCUUGUAGUUUAUAAUCAACAAUAACAAUGUCUUGAUCCAAACAGAGGAUCUCUGUAAACAGGCUAGUUUUCACUGACAAUAUUUAUGUAGGUUGACGUUUUAAAAAAAAAAAAAACGAAUGUGAAAAUACAAAAAGGUCUUAUUUUUCAUAAUCAUUACCUUCAAGUGACAAAAUUUUGUAUUUUUUAUGUAAGAAGGGUGUAUUUUUUUUUUUCAGACGAGUAACAUUUGGGGGAGCCUAUAUUUUACGCAUGCAUGUGUAGUGUGGUGAAAUUGACUAAUUCUUUUUUUCAAAAAAAAAUAAAGAGAAACUUGAAAGAAAAUUUUUUAAAUUAUGUUAAAAAUUUUUUUUUAGACUAUAAAUUUUUAAAAUGAUACAUUAUAACUUCAUUCCAUUCUUUUACUUUCUCCAUUCUCAAUAAUUCUCAAUAAAACAAUUCAUGCUGAUAAAAAAAUAUUUUACCAUAAUGCAGUGCUAUUGUUGUGAAAAGAAAAUUUCACUUCAUAAGAAAACUGAAAUUUUAAAUGGUCGUGAUAUACCCUUUCAAUGCAUUCUAACAGAGUUUCAUUAUCGUUGGAAUCAAGCAACGUAUCGAAAAGUGUUAAUAUUUCGUGCUGGGCUUUUUCUAACAAUUUUUACAUUCUUUUUUCUCAUGAACGUCUUUCCGAAAUUUGAUAUGUUUAUACUUAAGGAUUAUACAAACAUUUAUGAUCGAUUUCACAUUAUGUCUAAUGGAAUAAAUAACUCCUUUCUUUCUUCCCCGUUAAAAUGUUCAAUCGCAACGUUUCUAGCAUCCUUCUUAAUGGAUAUUAUGCUACCGCUUGCUUUUUUGCAUUACGAGCCAUCAUACGAACAAUAAGUAUUCUUCCUAUGCCACCCAAUUAUAUUUGGACCACACCCACAUUUAAUGGUAUAGCUAUACCUUCUGUUACAGUUUCUUAUCAGAAAGCCGAUGAUUUUUUUUUUUCUGGUCAUAUUGGAUGUGGUGUCAUUUGUAUCUCAGAAUCAAUACAUGACUCUUCAUGGGUCUUAGCUGGUUUCUUUACAUUUGUUACCUUAUUUGAAUUUGUGGUCAUGUUGAUAACAAGAGCGCACUAUUCAAUAGAUAUGAUGACUGGUGCUAUUGUAGCCUCUUGGAUUUAUAUGUCUUGCCUUACUAUUGAGCCCUACUUACAAGAAUUUUUUAGUUUACCCUACCGCCCUAUAAUUCCAAAUAAAAAUGUACAAAUGAACUCCGAACCUUUCCUUUAGAAACCAAAUUAUUUUUUUUGUAAAAAAUUUUAUUUCUCAAUUGAAAAAAAAUUGUUUUACGUUGACAAAAAUCCAUGUCGAUUUCAUACAGAUAUUCUAGCAAUUCUACUAAGAACAACACGUGCUAUAGGUUUUUGUUUUUUUCACGGAUUCCAGUUUUCAAUAAUUUUUCACGUCUUCAAUAAUAACGAAACCUAUUAUUUUUGGAAUCUUGUAUACAAAACUAUCAAACAUUUUAUCCGAUUUGGCCCCAAUGUAUUCAAAAUUUUUCAAAUACUGAUCAGGACUAUGUGUUAUCGCGUCAAUUUUUUUUUCAUGAAUAAAAAGCAUCAACAAAAACUUAAAGAUUUGUUUUUUUGAAUGCUUUUAAUAAGUUAAAAAAUUAAGUGUAGAAAAUAAUUAUUUUAAUUAAUAAAAUAU